AUGCCGGCCUUUUUCUGGGUAGAAGCCGGACAAGCUAUUAGAGCCGGUAGUCCGAGAUUAGCACGGAUUGACGUGUCCAUACCAGGGUUCCUCGCUGAUACAGAUCUGCCUCCUGUUCAGUUACCUCCCAAUCAUAUCUUUCCCCCAGUAAUUAUCCCAGAGGAGGAGGAGAAGGCCGGCUCUUCACAUUCAUCCCUAGAGGAUCAGAUAGAUCAGUUCCAGUUUACUGAGGAAGGGGAGGCUUCGGUCAGAGUAGUAGAGAUCUCCGAUUCUGACGCUGAUUUAGACCGUGCCUCAGUGGCUCCUGGUACUGGUUUGGUCAUCGCACAGCCUGAUAUCAGCGAGGACACCGAAGAGGAAGAGGGGAUGGACCUCCAACCGAGGACUGGCCUCAGGGGUCUCCUAUCCAACAGGUCCAAAGGGCAGACCUCUAAGGAACUCCCGAAAGGGCAGGUUGUCUCCAAAUCCCCCGCUCCUCCUCCCCCUCCCUCGUCGGGUGCGACGCUGAAGCCUAUGCCUAACCUAAGGCGAAAAAGGCCUGUAGAAGAGGCGGAGGAGGGAGAGGUUGCCCGUGAGAAAGCCGGGCCUAGAAAGAAGGGCAAGGAAACGAAAGAGCCCCGAGAAAAAGGAACCAGGUCCACUGAGAGCAGUGGCGGAGCCAAGGUCACCCAACAAAUUUAUAUUGCUGAGGAGUGGGCCAAGCAAGCUCGAGAGGAUGCGCAUAAGGAGGCUCAGUCCCGUGCUACAGCUAAGAGGGCCGCGAGCGAUCUCAAACGAGAUCUUGAUCGUAAGGAUCAUGAGCUGAAAGAAAUAAAGAAAGCCAAUGCGAGUGCAGAGGCUGGCCUGAAGACUGCUGAAAAGCAAACCGAAGAGCUGCGCAAGCAGCUCCGACACUCUGAGGAAAAACUGUCAGCGGAGCAACAAGCGGUUUCGGAGCUUAAGGCUGAGCUUGCAAGGGCAAAGGAGGAAGCUCGCUUGUCUAGGGAGGUUGCCGAGAAGGCUGUGGCGGCUUCGUAUGAACGUGGGGUUCACGAUACUGAGGAAAGAUUGACCGAGGAAGUCGCCACUGUCUGCAGGGAUUAUGUCACCUCGACUUGGGGAUUGGCCAUGGAUAGGGAAGCCGUCCCCGCAGAUUCUGAUCUCAGGAAAGCUGAGAACAUCUUUUACCCUGCGGAGAUACGUGAGACUCCUGGGGAGGUCGCCUCCACUGAGCCUCUUCCAGCAGAUCCCCCUAUUCCCGAGACUGGAGGCAUGGAGCAAGCUACGUAG